AUUUAUGUAGCAUUCUGUCCACAUAAUUUUCUACUCGCAAGCUGAAGAAUCUAGUGAGUUUUUCAGAAUUCACUUCAAACAAUUUAAUAGAACAAAAAAAUCGAAAUAAUGGUAAACUUUGUGUACCCGGAGGAGCUUUACCUGUUCGUGGAGAGCAUUCGUAGCUUUCAGGUGCGCGAUGUGGGCAGCAGCAAAUGGCUGGAGAUCCAUGAGAUGAUAAUCAAGCUGAGCCAGCAGGCGGCGCUUGAGGUGGCCGAACAUCGUGAAGAGGAAGUCAAGGAGUUUCUCAUUUCCCGAGAUAAGUUAUCGGUGCUCAUAAAUGAGGCGUAUUGCGUCAAUCUGUGGAAAUCACGUGUGCUGCCCCAUCUGCUGGAGAUUGAUCCGAAUCCACAGGCAACAUUCCUGAUUUACACGGUGUUGUACCAUGAGGCUGCUGUGGUGGCGCUGCUCGAUCUAUGCCUUUACCAUCCCAGUGGCUGUGAAUCGCUUCAGGAUUCGGUGCUAGAUUUGAUCGAUUACUGUGCCCAGGGCGUUGCGCAGGUAAUCGGUUUGGUUAGCAUGGGCUACCACGAGAACGAGACCAAAGUAGAUGUGGACGAGGCCGUGCUCACCGAGCUGGAGCGCCAAAAGCGCGAUCUCAUCUAUAAGAUUGGCCUGCGCUGCGUUUCCCUGCUCAGCUACCUAGCCGACAAUGUUUCGCUGUUCCAUUUGGGCGCAGCUCGUCGAAUGCUAGUUACUCACGACAUACCCUGGCUUAUGGUCGAUGUACUCUGCUUUCGGCCCUGGCAACGCAAUACCAGCAAGGGCUUGGAGAAGUUUAUCGACGAGAAGUGGAGUGGCGUUGAGGACGUAGCUAAAAUUAUAAAGCCAGAAGCCCAAGCCUGGUUUUGUGUCCGUCAGCUACUGCUCAGCCCGCAGAUAACUGAUAAUUAUCCCUUGAACGAGGCGCGUUGCAAACAGAUAUCCAAGCUGCUGGGCAUGCUACACGAAACGCUGUUGGACCAGCUGCCGGUGUUGAUCGAGCUGAAGCAGUACAUCAGUCGCUUAACACUCAGUGGGAAUACUGGCAAAAAGGCUCAGAAUCUAGUUUUAGAGGAUAUGCCACAAAUUCAGGAUGACCUCAUCAAGGAGGUGGAGCGCGACGGCGGCUUUUACCAGGUAGCUCAGAACCAGGAUGGAGUAUUCCUCAACAACAAUCGAGAAGAGAUCUGCGCACUGGCCACGAAACUGAGCAGCGCCUAUGGUACAGAGCUUUUAUGUGAACUGGAACAACACAUGGCCGAUUUGGAACUGAAGAAGGAUGAAACCAAGUCAGAUGACAGUCCUGCAGCCGACGAAACGGAGGAAAAAUUCCACAAAUGCGGCACUUGCCAGGAGCCAGCAAAAAAGAAAUGCGCCAGUUGCAAGCUGAUUCAUUAUUGUUCCCGGGAGUGCCAACUUAAGGAUUGGCCGCAGCACAAGGACACCUGCAUUGGCAAGGCUGUCUAGCAUAACUGUUUUAUGUUUACUUUGUAUUACACAUUAAAGAACAUUCCAAAAAUUGA